CAUCCCCAUAGUAUUUUUUUUUUUUUUUAGAAUUCAUCAAAUAUUGCACUUCAUCCGCCGUUUCCAGGCCUCCUGUCGCCGUUAACUGCAGAUAAGCCAAAAGUUGAAUCGACGGAGUUUUUUUUUUCUCGCUAGUCUCCUUUAUUUUCAGCCGGUGACGUCACAGAGCCGGAGUGAGUCUGCGGCUCGCGCCUGGGUGGAAAACAGGGAAGCCGGAGACAAAGUCCGGAGGCAGCCCGCGGCUUCUCGGCCGCUCGACAAGUUUUGAGCACAAAACGCAAAGAGUUGACCGAAAACCCCCCCUCGGCUUUCCACCGGCACACAGGAGAAGAUAAGAGAGGGGGGGAGCACCGAGAGACGUCAAAAAAGACACAAAAGGGGUGAAAUGGCCGAGGCACGGUCUGAAGAGGAGGAAGAAAAUAUGAGGAGAGAUACUCGGGAGCAAGUGGUCCGACGACAGCCCAACAGCUCCGGAGGUCGCCCUGACAGACGUAAGCCCGAGCAUCGUCACAGUCAGGGUCCUCUGUCAUCCAUCAGAGCAGCCAUCAAGAGAACCUCCACAAGGUCAACUUCUCUCUCAGAAACACCACGAGAAAGAGAUAGAGAGCGGGACAGAGACAGAGAGCGGAGGCGCCCAGAAAUCACCAUCCUGUCGGCAGAGCCGCUGGCCUCCACAUCCUGGUUUCCUGGAACCGCUGGAGGAUUCCCACCUCCUCCACCUCCUGCUGCACAGAUCUGGGGACCCACAAUCCCUCCAUGCAUACAGCCGCCUCCUUCCUACGAGGAGGUCAUCAGAGAGAAAACACAAGAGCAGGUUCUCCUCCCCUCUUCCUCUUCUUCCCGUUCAGCCGCCUCACGUCCAGCCUCUACAAUAACCAUCGCCACGCAGACGGACCCUGGACUGGACCCUGAUCCCCACGAGCCACAAGUCAGAAGACCAGUGAGACCAGCACGGCCACCUCUACCGAACCCUCUUAAACCUUCUUGUGUUGAUGACAUCGCUACCGCUGCCUGCCAAUCAGGGCUUACCCCCCUUCUCACUGCCACACACCCUGAGAGGGUCACGCACAACUCCACCAACACGCAAUGUUGCAACCUCUUCCCUGAGCUGUGUUCACCUUUGACCUCAGGCUCCAGAGAUCAAACCGACGAGUGUGACCAGAGUCCAGCUGCUGCUGAUGCUGCACUUCCCAGCACCUCCUUGCACGUCAUAUUAGAGCGUCCCACCCCACGUCCUCGUUCUAAGGUCGGUAUCCAUCCUGUCAGAAACGAGGUGAAAGUUCAGACCUUGGUGAAACUGCGGGAGGACGGUGUGGCCACAUUAGCCCGCCGCGCAAAGAGUGACAGUACCAACCAAGAAGGGAGUCAAGGGAAGUACCUACAGGAGCUGCUGCAGGCCUUCAGCUCAGACGACUGGGGCUUCCCUGACCACCGCAGUGACAGCAGUGAGCUUAGCCAAUCAGGGAGCGAAGAAGAAGAGGAGGACGCAGACGGGGAGGACAUGGGAACUCUUAAAGCGAGGAUACAGGCUUUUGAGCAGCAACAGCAGGCGGAGGAGGAGAGCUGUGGUAGCAGACAAAGUGGGACUGCUGAGCAGACUGUUUCAAAGAGACCUGAGCCCCGCCCGCGCCCCCGCCUCAGUGGAGUCAAGUCUGUCCCUCCCGUCAUUGCUCCAAAACCCAAAAACCUUUUAGCCAGUCCCAAACCAUCCAGCAAGGUAUUUUGGGAGGAUCAAAGUUCAUCAGCAGCACCAACAGAGCCAAUUAGUGCUGAAACAAGUGAAACGUCAGUGGCAGAAUUGGACCCAACACCUAACCAGUCCUCAGAACCAUCAGGCUCUGGUAUCACAAAAUCUGCUCAAGUUUUAGAACCUCAGCCUGCCAAAACCACUGAAAAACCCAGCCUAACCCCAAAGCCACAGUCUGUAACAGAGGCAGCGUCAUGUAGUGUUCCCGUCCCAGCCCCAAGGCCUCCCCCACCCAAAGUGUCCUCACUCAGCAGCAAUCCUUCCCCGCCAAACCCCAGGCCACCACCCAGACCUCCAGUCGCUCCCAGAGCCAAUGUAGCCUCACAGCAGGACAAGAGCACAGUAGACUUUAGAAGUGGGGCACAAACUGAAGUUCUGGCUAAAGGUGAAACCCCCGAGAACAUUUCAACUGAAGCUGUGAAGGGAGGAAGCAUCCGUCCCAACGUGCAAACCAAACCAGCCGCACUGACGUCACCUCGCAGAGCCAGUGCACCAAAUCUGGCCCAGAGGCCCAUCUCACAGACGUCUCCAGAUCCAAAUCCAGUGGCCAGCAAACUAAAAUCUGUCGGCCCAUCUACAUCCAGCAAACCCCCAGUACCGGCUCCGAUUAAGCCUCCAACUCCUGCUCCAGCCCCAGCCACGAGGAGAAGCUCUGUGGUUCAGACCAAAUCUGAGGAGCCCAGCACUACAAACCCAAACUCCUCGGACCCUCCUCGCCCAUCAAGUGUGAAGCUCCUGCCAGUUCGUCCCCCACCAAUCAAAUCCAUCCCCUCAAGGCCCCCACCUCCUGCCGUCAACUUAACCUCUUCUGCCAACCAGACCACACCUCCGUCCAAAGCCCCUCCCACUUCCUCUGUGUCACCUGUGACCACUUCUGUUCCUUCCUCUGUAACAGCCAGUCAAAGGGUAGCCAAAAAAGGCCCGCCUCUGCCACCGCGCCCCAAACCCGGACACCCACUUUACAACAGCUACAUGAAACAGGAGGUUCUGAUUGUCCUGGAUGAUCCAAGCCCUGCUCGCUCUGAGGAUCAGAUGGUUGAAGUUAAAAGUCAAAGCACGAUCACGCCUAUCAUAAACACUUCACAGUGUCUCCUGGACCUGGACACCCAACCAGAGCCGGUCCCAGAUCAGGACAGUCAAUCAAAAUCUGCUUUAGAAGAUCUUACCCUCUCAGACUCUCAGUCUAUUCUGCCUGAACAGCCUGCUGAGCAGAAAGAGCAGCCAGACCCUUCUCCUGUCAGCGGCCCCCGCUGUGUUGCCAGGUUUGACUACGAGGGAGAGGAGGAGGACGAGUUGACUUUCUCCCAGGGCGACGUCAUUGUCCUUCUGGAGCUCAUUGGGGAGGAGUGGGGGCGGGGCCGGAUCCACGGGCGACUCGGUGUGUUCCCCUUGAACUUCACAGAGGUGGUGGAACCCCUCCCACAGCCAGAGGCGGCACAGGAGGAAAUGUCUAAACAGAUAUCCAAAGAAACGGCGGGGACAGAAAGUUCGGCAGUACUCAAAACGCCACAGGGUUCAGACUCAGAGGCAGAGGAGUGGGUCGUGGCUCUGUUUGACUUCCCCGGUCAGACUGAAGAGGAUCUGUCCUUUCACAAGGGGGCGCUGAUCCAUGUGACAGAGCACAUCGAUGCAGAGUGGAGAAAAGGGAAACUGGAGGGGAGAGCGGGUCUUUUCCCUGCAGCCUUCACACAGCCUAGCCAGGCUCCCUCAGACACAGCCCAGCAGCCAGUGGUUAAAGGAACAGCUAAGGCUCUGUUUGACUUUACAGCAGAGAGCGAGGGUGAGCUUACACUAAAGGUUGGUGACAUGAUCACACAGUUGGAGUCUGUAGAUGAGCAGUGGAUUUUCGGAACAGUGGGAGAGCAACGUGGAAUCGUGCCCAAAAACUACAUUUCAUUUCUCUGACGAGGAAACCCCCAAAACGUCUGGCGGAAAAAGUAAAAACCUGAGGUUGGAGGAAACACAGACUUGAAAGCACAUCAUAGGGAGUUCACCUGUGCCUUUGCACACAUGGGGACAAAUACAUACAUUUAGAAGAUAUUUUUCUUUUUCUUUUUUUAAACUGAUGUUUUUUUAUGCUCCGACAGUUUUAAAAAGGACUAAACUAAGUUUGAUCAGAUCUUAUUGGACCUGGAAGAAUUUUCAGACUAUUCUGUGUUGUUAUUUUUCCUUCAGAUGCCGACUCGUUUUUCUUUGGACUGUAUUUUUCAACUUUCUGUCAUUAUAUGUUCUUCUGACAGCAAGUGGACUGGAAUUCGUACUACACAAUUAUACUAUGUCUUAUUCUCAAGGCAAUUUGUUCGAAAUGAUGCAGAUUAUGUAAAAACAACAUCCAGACAACCUUUCUCUCUUUUUUUUCAUAUACUUUUUAGGCUCGUCCAGAGAUCAUGAAUUUGGACUGUUUGGAGCAGAAGAGCUAGGACUAAUUAACUUUAGGUGAAACCUUUUAUUUUAACAUAGGCAUCUAUAAGUCAUAACUGACAUCUUGAGCUAUUUUAUGGAAGGUACUGUUGAGCGUUAGGCUGGGUGGCUGCUGAUCAGGUGAAGGUCAGCUGCAGGCAGGAUGUUAUUUUCACCUGAAACCAGACAGAAAAUGGCUUUGGUUUGUGUUCUUGUUUAAAGGGUGUUCUUGUUUUUCUGUUCUGGUCUGAAUUUUUUUCUUUUUUUUUCAAAACGAAAGAACUGGGACAUUUUUGGUGUAGUUUACAUUAAAAUGUCAAAAUGCCUUUUGCUUUAAGAGACCGGGAGAUGCACAUGCCUGUAAUUAAAGGAAGGUUUUCUAACAGAUGGUUUGACAUAAAUCAGGUUUAAUCUUUUAUCUGAAAGAAGUCCUGCGUAUUCAUUGAAGACAUGGAGAGCUUAUCAGCCUCUGUUUUUUUACCCUGAUGAAAGAAGCCGCUCAGUGGAAAUAAACACAUAAAUGAAAGGUGAUUGUGAUGUAUGGAAACUUAAAGAUUAACAUAGUUGUAUUUUUCUUUGUUUAUAUAUAUAUAUACAUACAUAAAGUGAUCACAAGGACAGUUAAAAGUCAUACCACUACACAUUUAAUACAAAGUGAGCAGUGAGACGCUUUAGCAUGUUUGGUAAACCUUCUAAUCAAAGACGGUUCCACUAACUGAAACAGGUUUCUAACCGCUUUACUCGCCUUCAGUUUCCUGCAGGCAAACGAAGGUGAGACACAUUCAGGUUUUGGUGUUACUGUAUGAGCAGGAACAUCCUUUCCUUGCUCCCUCACUCUGUUACUCUUCUUGGUUCUUACAAAAGCCGUUUCCUGAUGAUGAGCCACACUCAUCUACUGAGAGUUAACUUUCUCUUUAAAUGUGCAGUUAUCCCAUCAGCCGGGACUGAUUUUCCAUCUUUUUAAGGAAAAAAUACUGACAUAAUACAGCUAAUUUACACUUUGAGGUCCAAUAUGUUCAGAUUCAAACUGUCUCGAAAAGUCCAUUUCACACAGCUUUCUUUCGUUUGGGGAGAAAACAUUUCACACAAUAAUGCUAACUGGGAUUACAGUAUUUUUUUAUUUUCUGUCUAUUGCUGCAGCACACAGGUAUUCACCUUUAUUCAUUCUUCUCUGAGGAAUAACUAAAAAGCUGGAGUUGCACUUUAAAGUAUGGAGUUUUUUUAAUUUGACUAGUCUUCAGCUGUCAUCACAACUAAUUUGGUGGCUCAACGCCCAAGAAAGAAAAAAGCAUUCAACAGUGUUUGUCUCUGUUUUAAUUACAUCAGCGAUGACACACGAGUACAAGUUUGAGUGUGACUGAUGUUUGCGAUGAUAUUUGGAUAUGUAACCAGACACUCCAAUUUUUACUUUUUAAUUCCAAAUUAAACUGGGUAUCUUUUUAAAAAUCACACUUUGACUAUAUUUCUUUGGA